CGUCGCGCGUCACUCCGGGCCCGAUUCCCAGGGCGAAUUUUCCUACAAAAUUUCCCGACAAAUUUCUCGCCGUCCAGUGUACCCGACGAGCUACCUCGCACAGUCGCACCUCCUUCCCGCCCGCCCCAACUCCCGUCGUCUCCUUCGGCCCGCCGUUUUUCGGCACUUCGCAAAAUUCGAGGCUCUCUGAUUUCGGAUUUCGAUUUUCCCCCCAGUUAAGACCACGCGACCGCCUUGUGAUAACGUGCCUUUGUGUUGUGCUCAUGUGAUUUUUUGCGCCUCUGUGAAUUUUAUGCCUCUCAACUUAAGUUCAAAAUGAUUAUCUGUGAUAAGUGGAUUAAGUCGUCUAUAACAUGUUUAUGGAUCCUAUAUAUUCAGUUGCUUCGGGAGGCUGGGGUCGAUGCACACGGAAGGCUGAUGGACCCGCCUGCCCGAAAUUCUAUGUGGAGGUUUGGUUUUCCAAAUCCUGUCAACUAUAACGACAAUGAGCUGUAUUGCGGAGGAUACGCUGUACAGUGGGAGCAAAAUGGGGGCAAGUGUGGAGUUUGCGGGGACGCGUACAACUCCCAGAUCCGAGCACAUGAAGCAGGAGGGAUCUAUGCCAAAGGAAUUAUUGGUCGCACUUAUACUGCUGGACAGGAGAUUGAUGUGGAAGUAGAGCUAACAUCAAAUCACUGGGGUCGUUUUGAGAUGGCUCUGUGUCCGAACAACAACCCGCGCUACGAGGCGACGCAAGCUUGCUUCGAUAGGUUUCCUCUCUUUCUAUCAGGAACGAGGAGGGAAAAUCGGUAUCUGAUACCGACGGACGCUAAAAAGAAGGACAUCUUCCACUAUAAAGUUCGGUUACCACCGUACGUUACAUGCUCUCAGUGCGUGCUGCAAUGGACUUACUAUACGGGUAACAUGUGGGGUCGAUGUCCAAACGGAACAGAGGCGGUAGGAUGCGGAAAAGCCGAGACGUUUAGGAACUGUGCGGACGUGAGGAUUGUGACAGGAACAUCGGGUCUGCCCCCGCAAUUCGUCAGCCAAUUCCAGAAUCCUUUCGCCAUCUACCUCCGGGAUUUCAAAGCACCUGAACUAUCUUAUCCUUUGGUUGUCAGGAAUCAGUUCUGUAUAGGUAAUAGACUGUACAGAGCUGUACCUGGCGUGGACAAAUGGUGUACAGAAAACUGCCUUAGAUACCCAACGAACUGUCCUGAACAAAUAUGCCAUUGCCCGAACGAAUGCACUGCCAUCGGAGAAUAUGAAGGGAGGGCAGGCGCUGACGAGUAUUGCCAAGACAAAUGUCUCGUUUACGGAUCAGAGUGUCCGCAUGACAGGUGUUACUGUUACUACAAUCCAAAUUAAAGGACUACCACCACUUCGCGUGAUGCAAAAUCUCGAUGGAAAAAAUACGAAUGAAAAUCAGUGCAUAGAAAAUAUUGUCGACUUGACCAAGAUUCUCUCAAAAUCAUUUUUUGAACUGACUUUUAUUAAUACAUUACUAUCCCUGAGAUCGACUGAUAAAAUCAAGUUUGUAAAAUUUUGGAUGAAUUUUAGUAUCUAAGGUCAACUUGACGAUAUUUUUUUCUGUUGGAAGAACCUCAAAAUUUUAAAAUGGACUGAAAAAACUUGGAGAACAGUGUAACAUAAUACCUCUUUAUAUAGUUCAAACUCAAUGACAUUACAUGAAACUUUGAUUCUUAAACAUUUUGGCUCGUUCACCUCAUUUUCUUUUAAAUUGUUGUACGCAAAACUUGUCAAAUAAUUUAGUAUCGUAUGGAAUGCAACUUUGAAAAUUCCUUGAGAACAUUACAAACACAUAAAAAACUGAUCUUAAAAAAAUGUUUCCUCUGUUUUAAUACAAGUUUGUGAUAAAGUUAAUUGAAACUCAAA